AUGAAGUCCCCAUGGCCGUCCACGUCUGCGUUGGAAGCCCGAUUCACACAAGCGAAAAUGAGUAGUGAAGGUGGUGCCUAUUUACUAAGCUCACAAUAUUGUGCCUUUAACCAAAGAGAGGUCGGCGUCAUGUGCCAAGUUCCACGUUGGCAAUUACGACUCCAAUGGUAUUGUCUCGAUCCACUGACCCCCAGUAAAUACGCCAAGUACUUGCUGAAUCAACUUGUCGGUGAGAAGAAGGAGCUGGUCACCUUCAAGUACACAACCCAUGCCACCAUCGUAACGACACAGAUGGUUGCUGGCGAUCCGUGGAGCGAAACCUGUGCAAUGAAAGUUCUCGCGUCGUAUGUGAGAAAUGGUGGCGAUCUUGACAGCUUGGACAAAUCAUGCGUCGACGAAAUGCCAGCUUUUAUUUUGACCACGCCGGAUUACUAUCUAGAGAGCUACCUCGGCACAGAUGAUGCUUACGAUGGCGAGUAUAAUUCGAGCUUGGUGUCGUAUUCGUAG